CAGCGCCGGCGUCCCUCCGUCCGUCCCCCAGUCAGAGUGAAAGUUAUCUCCGCCUGGAAAAGCGGGGGUUCGGGACUCGCUAGUUUCUACCAGCGCUGCUUCUCACGCUUUCUCCCGGAGAGAUGAGGCGGAAAGAAAAGAGGCUCCUGCAGUUCGCAGGGCUGCUCAUAGCGGCUCUUCUUUUCCUCCCUAACGUCGGACUGUGGAAUUUAUACCGGGACAACUCGCCCGAAUUAGUGGACGGUCCGGGCGGCAUCCCCCAGAUUCAGGGGCUAAACAGGAUGGGAAAGGACCCUCAGGUGGGACAUGAUGGCAUGCGGAGAAAAGACUGGCACGACUAUGAAGCAAUCAGAAGAGAUGCCUCACGAUCUGGUAACGGUGAGCAGGGGAAGCCGUUCCCUCUGACAGAUGCUGACCGGGUCGAUCAGGCCUACAGGGAGAACGGGUUCAACAUCUACGUAAGCGACAGGAUCUCCCUAAACCGCUCCGUCCCUGACAUCAGACAUCCAAACUGUAAACAGAAGCUGUAUGCAGAGAAGCUGCCCAACACCAGCAUCAUCAUCCCGUUCCAUAAUGAGGGCUGGUCGUCUCUGCUUAGGACGGUUCACAGCGUGCUCAACCGCUCCCCUCCACAGCUCAUCGCAGAGGUCAUCCUGGUGGACGACUUCAGCGACAAAGAGCACCUGAAGGCGGCGCUGGAGGAGUACAUGAAGCGGCUGCCCAAGGUUCGUAUCCUGAGGACUAAGAAGAGGGAGGGUCUGAUCAGGACUCGCCUGCUGGGAGCUUCAGCUGCUAAAGGAGAAGUCAUCACCUACCUGGACUCGCACUGUGAGGCCAACGUCAACUGGCUGCCUCCACUGCUGGACCGAAUCGCCCAGAACAGAAAAACCAUCGUAUGCCCGAUGAUCGAUGUCAUCGACCACGACAACUUUGGCUAUGAAACACAAGCAGGGGACGCCAUGAGAGGAGCGUUUGACUGGGAAAUGUACUACAAACGGAUCCCCAUCCCACCGGAGCUGCAGAAGGAUGACCCCAGUGAACCCUUUGAUUCCCCGGUGAUGGCAGGUGGGCUGUUUGCUGUGGACAGGAAGUGGUUCUGGGAGCUGGGAGGAUAUGACACGGGUCUGGAGAUCUGGGGAGGAGAGCAGUAUGAGAUCUCCUUUAAGGUGUGGAUGUGCGGUGGUCGGAUGGAGGACAUCCCUUGCUCCAGGGUAGGACACAUCUACAGGAAGUACGUCCCCUACAAAGUUCCUGGUGGGGUCAGCUUGGCCAGGAACCUGAAACGCGUAGCAGAGGUCUGGAUGGACGAGUACGCCGAGUACAUCUACCAGCGUCGGCCCGAGUACCGCCACCUCUCUGCAGGAGACAUGGUGGCCCAGAAGGAGCUGAGGAACAAUCUUAACUGUAAAAACUUCAAGUGGUUCAUGAGCGAGGUGGCCUGGGAUCUGCCCAAACACUACCCACCUGUGGAGCCUUCUGCUGCAGCCUGGGGAGAGGUUCGUAACGUCGGCAGCGGCUUGUGUAUGGAGAGUAAACACUUUGUGUCUGGGAGUCCCAUCCGCCUGGAGAGUUGUUCGAAGGGCAGGGCCGAGGUCAGCUGGGGCCACGGACAGGUUUUCACGUUCGGUUGGAGAGAGGACAUCCGGGUAGGAGACCCCAUGCACACAAAGAAAGUGUGCUUUGACGCCAUCUCCAACAACAGCCCUGUCACUCUGUACGACUGCCACGGCAUGAAGGGCAACCAGCUGUGGCGCUACAGGAAGGAUAAGAGUCUGUACCACCCCGUCAGUCAAAGCUGCAUUGACUGCAGCCCCACGGAGAAGCGAGUCUUCAUGAACACGUGUGACCCGUCCUCUCCUACCCAGCAGUGGCUGUUUGAGAAAACCAACGCCACUGUGCUGGAGCGCUUCAACCGAGGCGCAAACUGAGGCCCUGUGGCACCUGCUAAGAGACUCCUGAUUUUGAUCCUGAAGAAGCGGAUCUGCUGCUGCUGCUGCUGGGAAGUGUGGUUUUAGAUUGACUCUCUGUUUACCUGACGCUGAGGUGACAGCUGUUUCUCUUUGGGGCACUCACAGCGAAGCAGCAUGGGAUACCACAGGGGACGGUGGUUGAAAGCAUCAGUUAGAGAAGAGUUGAGCUCUGAUUGAUGGGUUUUUGUUGAAAAGUGGCUCGGUGUGUGGGUCGUAUUUGUUCCGUCACUGUGGUGGUGGGUCCGUCUCACUUCCUGAUUUUGCUGUUGAUUGGUUCUUUGACAUUCCUCUCCUUUCUUUACUCCUUAAGUUUGCCUAUUUCAGAUUUCCUCUGCCUUUAUUUAUUGCCUUUCUCUCCCUCCACUGUCCUGCCUUUAUCCUCGUCCUCUGCCUCUGCCUGCACGUCCGUCUCUAUCUACCUGCAUGACUGCAUCUUUGCCCACCUUCUCCAUCCUCCCGCUCAAAUCCCCUUAUGUCUCUCCAGCUCUGACAACCUCC